AUGGCUGAUCAUUUCAGCCAUGUGUAUGCUUCUUCAAACCCUCUGCCUGACUACAGUGUCUGUGCAGCUGUAAACCCUCUGUCUGACUACAGUGUGUAUGCUUCUUCAAACCCUCUGCCUGACUACAGUGUGUAUGCUUCUUCAAACCCUCUGUCUGACUACAGUGUGUAUGCUUCUUCAAACCCUCUGUCUGACUACAGUGUGUAUGCUUCUUCAAACCCUCUGCCUGACUACAGUGUCUGUGCAGCUGUAAACCCUCUGUCUUACUACAAUGUGUAUGCAGCUGUAAACCCUCUGCCUGACUACAGUGUCUGUGCAGCUGUAAACCCCCUGCCUGACUACAGUGUCUGUGCAGCUGUAAACCCUCUGCCUGACUACAGUGUGUAUGCAGCUGUAAACCCUCUGCCUGACUACAGUGUGCAGCUCUGUAAACCUCUGUCUGACUACAGUGUCUUUGCAGCUGUAAACCCUCUGCCUGACUACAGUGUCUGUGCAGCUGUAAACCUUCAGUCUGACUACAGUAUCUAUGCAGCUGUAUACCCUCUGUCUGACUACAGUGUGUAUGCAGCUGUAAACCCUCUGCCUGACUACAGUGUCUGUGCAGCUGUAAACCCUCUGUCUGACUACAGUGUAUGUGCAGCUGUAAACCCUCUGCCUGACUACAAUGUGUAUGCAGCUGUAAACCCUCUGCCUGACUACAGUGUCUGUGCAGCUGUAAACCCUCUGUCUGACUACAGUGUCUGUGCAGCUGUAAACCCUAUGUCUGACUACAGUGUGUAUGCUUCUUCAAACCCUCUGCCUGACUACAGUGUCAGUGCAGCUGUAAACCCUCUGUCUGACUACAGUGUCUAUGCAGCUGUAAACCCUCUGCCUGACUACAGUGUAUGUGCAGUUUUAAACUCUCUGCCUGACAACAGUGUGUAUGCAGCUGUAAACCCUCUGUUUGACUACAGUGUCUGUGCAGCUGUAAACCCUCUGCCUUACUACAGUGUGUAUGCAGCUGUAAACCCUCUGCCUGACUAUAGUGUCUGUGCAGCUGUAAACCCUCUGCCUGACUACAGUGUCUGUGCAGCUGUAAACUGUGCAGCUGUAAAUCCUCUGCCUGACUACAGUGUAUGUGCAGCUGUAAACCCUCUGUCUGACUACAGUGUGUAUGCAGCUGUAAACCCCCUGUCUGACUACAGUGUCUGUGCAGCUGUAAACCCUCUGCCUGACUACAGUGUCUGUGCAGCUGUAAACCCUCUGUCUGACUACAGUGUGUAUGCUUCUUCAAACCCUCUGCCUGACUACAGUGUCUGUGCAGCUGUAAACCCUCUGCCUGACUACAGUGUGUAUGCAGCUGUAAACCCUCUGUCUGACUACAAUGUCUGUGCUGCUGUAAACCCUCUGCCUGACUACAGUGUGUAUGCAGCUGUAAACUCUCUGCCUGACUAUUCCUGCAACUCAUGA